AUGUCUGGACACGGUAAACACAGGAAAAGCCAUAGAGAACAUCGCAGCAGCAGAACAAGCGGUGGCCAUCGAAGUCAUGGGCAUCAUGGUCAAUCAUCGUCAUCCAGAGCGUGCGAGAGUCAUGAAUCUUCCAGAGACCAAGCAUCGUACGGUACUCAAGAGUCCUCCAGCACUUAUCCACCACAUGUUACUCAAACCUCCGUGGAGUUGACAGAUGAAGAUGCACCUGGAGACUCUGAUCCUGACUACGAUACUGCUACAGGACAAUGGAAGUCGAUUCCAUAUCAGACGAGUACUUCCAAUCCAACGCAAUAUUCGACUGUCUCCUCUAUGCAACAAACAAGGACAUAUGAACUUCAUGACGAGGACGCGGAGGGUGAAGAUGAUCCGGAUUACUAUCUAGAACAGCCAAGUAGUCAAUCUUAUCCCGCACAAACAACUGCUUCUACGUAUAGCGGAGGCGGGACUGCUAGUCAAUCCAGUGCUUCCGGUCAGGCAUCUUACACACCUUAUGCUUCUGGUAGUGGUAGCAAUACCAGUCACCCCAGUACUUUAGGACAGACAUCUCAUACAACUUACCAAGCAACAGCUGCAGCACCACCACUACGAAAUGUUGCUUUCAGCACUUAUAAUCUCCCUGCUGGGAUGUCUUCGGGUUAUAGCCAAUCACGUACUCCAGCCCAGGCUUCUUCUUCGUCUGGCUAUUACCCACAGCAAGAUACGAAUAUGGAUUACGGUCAAUCGAGCGCUCUGGGCCCGCAAUCUGCGACGUCUGGUAAUUUUGGUGGCCGUGGACCGGAUGAUGAUAUGACUGCUUCUCAGGGUCAGGGAAGCUGGGCUACUGCUAGUAUUCAAACAGGUAGUUCAGUUCCAGGCUUUUCACAAGCUGGGUGUGGCAGUAACGCAGGUCAGGAAACUAGUUAUACUCCAAGUCAAGCUGCCGACACGACCACAACGCAGCCAAGCAGCUCUUUACACCCAGCCCCAGUCCCCGACUACAGCGCACCCCCCGACUACAGCUACAAAGACGCCUGGGAAGAAAUCCAAUGGCCGAACACGGGAGUCCUACGAUGCCCCCUCGAAGGGUGCAAUUCGCAGUACGGCUCUCCCUUCGAAGCACUCGGCGAGCAAGGCAUGUUAUUGCACUUCCGACAGAUCCACGGUCUUGAUUCCAAAAAUUGGGUGCGUAAAGUCACAUGCAGUGUUCCGCAUCGUUGUAAGAGGUACUGGUAUUUCCAGUGGUCGCGUGUCGAACAUGAGAGGGGCAGGGCACAUCUGGAUAAUGUGGUGAAGGAGGAAAAAGGUAUGCCGCUUAGAAGGGGGAUCGCGAAGGCGACUUCGCGGAUUGAUCGUGAGAGGAAGAGGCGCUGA